AAACAGCUCGAGGGCCACUGUGAAUCUGGGUCUGAAACAAUGUCCUCCGCCGAAAGAAACGCAAAGGACACUUGAUCACCCAAUCCUUGGAAUUAUUUCCAGGUAUCACUUGCAGAAGCCGUUGGGAGCAGCCUUUCCCUGGCAGAGCACACAGGGACGGCCAGGAGAUGAGCGCAUCUUUGAAUUACAAGUCUUUUUCCAAAGAGCAGCAGACCAUGGACAACUUGGAGAAGCAGCUCAUUUGUCCCAUUUGCUUAGAGAUGUUCACCAAGCCUGUGGUCAUCCUCCCCUGCCAGCACAACCUGUGUAGGAAAUGUGCCAGCGACAUUUUCCAGGCCUCUAACCCAUACCUGCCCACAAGAGGAGGCACCACUGUGGCCUCCGGGGGCCGGUUCCGCUGCCCAUCCUGUAGACACGAAGUGGUUUUGGACAGACACGGGAUCUAUGGGCUUCAGAGGAACCUGCUGGUGGAAAACAUCAUCGACAUCUACAAGCAGGAGUCCACCAGACCAGAAAAGAAGUCCGACCAGCCCAUGUGUGAGGAGCAUGAAGAUGAGCGCAUCAACAUCUACUGUCUCAACUGCGAAGUGCCCACCUGCUCUCUGUGCAAGGUCUUCGGAGCGCACAAGGACUGCCAGGUGGCUCCCCUCACUCACGUGUUCCAGAGGCAGAAGUCCGAGCUCAGUGAUGGCAUUGCUGUCCUAGUGGGAAGCAACGAUCGGGUCCAGGGGGUGAUCAGCCAGCUGGAGAGCACCUGUAAAACGAUUGAGGAAUGCUGCAGAAAACAGAAACAGGAACUCUGUGAGAAGUUUGAUUACCUGUAUGGCAUCUUGGAGGAGAGGAAGAAUGAAAUGACCCAAGUCAUCACCAGAACUCAAGAGGAGAAGCUGGAACAUGUCCGUGCUCUCAUCAAAAAGUAUUCUGACCAUUUGGAGAACGUGUCAAAGUUGGUUGAAUCAGGGAUACAGUUCAUGGAUGAGCCAGAAAUGGCGGUGUUUCUGCAGAAUGCCAAAACCCUGUUACAAAAAAUUUCUGAAGCAUCAAAGGCAUUUCAGAUGGAGAAAAUAGAACACGAUUAUGAGAACAUGAACCACUUCACAGUCAACCUCAAUAGAGAAGAAAAAAUAAUACGUGAAAUUGAUUUUUACAGAGAGGAUGAAGACGAAGAAGAAGAGGGAGAAGAGGGAGAAGGAGAAGGUGAAGAAGAGGGAGUAGAAGUGGAAGAGGCGGAAGACGUCCAGACUGAGUCAUCAGGGGGAGAUCAAAGUCCAGAGAAAGGCUUGGAGCCCUGUCCACCGACCUUGGAACUCCAGGCUGCCCCUGAGGCACCCCCAGUUUCCUCUCCAGACCCUCCUCCAGCCCUGCUACCUGCUGUGGAAGCCCCGGAGACACAGGGGGAGGUGGUGCCCACUGGCUCCCAGCAGACCACAGAGUCUGAAACUCCAGUCCCAGCAGCAACGGACACUGCGGACCCCUUGCUUUACCCUAGUUGGUAUAAAGGCCAGACCCGGAAAUCCACCGCCAACCCACCUUCCGCCCCAGGGAGCGGAAGUCUCGUAGGGCCUUCAGGUUCCAAGGAUGCUCAUGCGCGGAAGGCUGAAGGGGCGGAAGCCGCAGCCAGGGAGAGGGCAGCAGUGAGUGGUAAGGAUGCUAGCUCACCUGCAGCUACUUCUCAGGAGUUAGGAAUCUGCCUAGCACUUUUGGCUUUUCUUAUACUUCACUACAUCUGGCGUCAGAUUCAAUGCUUGAUUUUUACUUUAAUGGGCUGGAUUUGAUAACCCCCCCCUCCAGAGACAGGCUGCUGCCUCAGGGAGCGGGAAUGGAGCUGAUUCUGAGCCAGCUCGCCAUGUCUUCUCCUUUUCCUGGUUGAACUCCCUCAGCGAAUGACACUCAUUCCAACUGCUGCGCCUCUGCCUGCCUGGCUGAGAUACUCACAGGCAGCAGGGACCCAGAUGAAACUAGAAUCAUAUAAAGGGACCUCUGAAUGGCAUUUCUACCAAAAAUACCCUUUAAUUCCAGAUGACUUAGCUAACACAUUGAGGGAGAACAAUGCUCUGAGAAGAAAGUUGCAGAAAAGCACUGGGGGAAAAAGGAACUUGAUCUUAUGCAAAUUUUUUAUUGUGUAGGAAACGUUAUGAAGGGUGUGUAGGUGUGGUAUGUGUGUGUGUACAUCAGUAACAAGUGGCAAGUGUUGAAAAAAGUGGGCACUACACUCGUCUCUAAUAGGCACUGGCUAUUGUUCUGAUGUCAUAGUAGCUCUUAUUCUCUUUCCUCUUUAACAGUGCAGGUGGUCAGUGAAAUUCAGUGUUAAUUCAGAAGUGACCGAUUUAUCAAUAUAUGGACAAAAGGUAAAUCAUUGACCAAAGAUAUGAGAUGCUUCACCAAGCUUUUCUCUUUUCCACAACAGAUGUCGCUGGAUGGAUAUCCAGAAAUGUUCUUUGUCUCUGGUGACACUUUCCUAGUCCAGAAGGCAAAGGCCAAGGACAUUUCUUGUGACAUUUUUCUAAUCUUAGUUUCAAAUAUGCAGAUAUCACAUACUUUACCUGAAAAAGACUUUUCAACAGGAAUCGUCUACUGUCUCAUGUAUCCACUGAGGCACCAAUCUGAACUAUAGAGCAACUGCAUGUAUUUAAAUAUAUAUAUAUAUACACACACACACAAUACACAUUAUACAUGUACAUAUAUAUGUAUUUAAAUCAUGUGUUGUCCCCCCAUAACACCUCAUUCAAAACAUAAGUUUUGUAAAGUUAAGUUUUAACUUCACUCUGUAUGAACUCUUAAAUAAAUGCUGUUUUUAACAA